AUGAUGAUGAAGACCAAGGAGAUUGUUGCAGUACUUAUGGUGCUGCUGAUGAUCGUUUCGAUGGGGAAAUCAUCAACAGCCUUUCGUUGCGGGAGAAUGGCGCACAACAGCAGUUGUCCAGAUGGAUUGUGCUGCAACACGUCUGGUUACUGCGGCAGAACUACUGAGUUCUGUGGUAAGGAUCAUUGUCAGAGCCAAUGUAUACUUUACGACGCGCCUGAACAGGCUCAAGCUCAUCCAUCUUCAGGCGUUGAAGCAAUCAGAACUCGCAAAAUACCUACUGAUCAUAAAGUUGCUGCUGCUGCUGCUGUGGUUCCUUGA